AUGGCAAACGUGGAAUGGCAAUCUCAGGUUGUGGGAUUGGUACACUCCCACGGUCCCACCCACCCACCCGUCAAUCCGCGUUCGAAAUCCUCCGCGUCCCUCGCGGCUCUCUACUGGGAGAGGCCGGAAGGCCGACGGCGGCGCCCCCAUCCGCCCCCCACCUCUCUCCACCUGCGCGCGCCCGAGGCUGACGGCGACGCUCCCCAUCCGCGCCCCCACCCCGCAGCUCUCCCCACCGGCGGCCACGCGGCGCGUCCGCUCCCGGUGCUGCCGAAUCCGCAGCCAGAUCUCGGCCAGCUGUGCCUCCCGCCGCGCGACCUCGUGCGCUGCUUGCUGAGCAUCCCCUCGGCUCUCUCUGUCGCCGCUACUGGGCAGGCCCGGCCGCGGGCGUACGGCGCCGCCCCACCGCGCGGCUCUCUAUCUCUCUCACUCGGCGCCCGCUUUUUCUCCCCGCGCGCGGCAGCGAAGGGUAGCCUGGCCGCGCCGGGGCUCCGAGCCUCCGCCGUUGCCUCGCACCGCGCCGGCCUCGCCAACAUCGAGGGCUCCGCGCCGCCUCACAUCCUCCGCCGGCCGCCGCUCCAGCCUCCGCCUCCGCGUCGCUAUGGACUCCGGUCGUCGUCCUCCGUCGAUGCAGGGGCCGCCCACGACAGCUGCGAGGCCCGCGCGCGGCGGUGGCGCUCGCCCGUGCUUAGCGCCGAACAGCAUGGCAGCUCCGCAGAUACAGAGGAUGGGCAGGGGAGUGGUCCAGUGGCACGGUGAUGGUUGCUGGGUCUACUGUCCGUUCCUAUCUCUGCAACUGCAAGCGACGCGGGCCAGCCGUUUCUGUCGCAAACAAAGGAAAGCCCCCGGUGCCGGUCCGGUAUGCAGGAAAACCAUCAUCGCGGCCACCUGUUCCUGGCCGGCCCGCCCAUCCGUUCCGUCCCCCUCCGGUGCAGUGCGGGGGUGGGGACGACGCUUCAGCCACUUGCGGUGUUGGGUCAUUGGGUGAUUGCAUGGUCUACUUCUUUUGAUUUUGGGCCAGAGUUGUUUUUGCUCCUAAUUCGGCGGACCAAAGUUGCAGGGGGAUGGUCUAUGUAUAUCGUACCGUAAAUGUUUUUGGCGACCCUUUUGGUGGAAAAAAUUGUGUUUUACCCACCCUCACACCGUAAAAAUCUUGUUUACAUGUUGAGACAUAUUUAUGAACGAAACGAUAUUUUUCA